UUCUCCAAUCCUUCUCCUUCACAUUCUCAUUGACAUUGGUCAAAUCCCAAUCCCAAAUUAAGAAAUGGGCAGCGGCGGCGGCAUUGCGGAGGCGACUCUGGUGGAGGAGGCGCUGAGAGUGCUGAACACGGCGGAUCCCUUUGAGAAAGCUCGGCUCGGCGAUGAAAUCGCCACCAAAUGGCUGAAAGGAGACAUUGAAGUCGCGUAUGAUGCUUCCAAGGAGAUCCAAGUGCCCGAUCGCCCUGCCCGAGGCGCAAAUGUGAAGCUGGUUUCGCCUAGUGAGAUGCCGAAGCUGGGAAAGGCGGGGAGUCUGCAGAGUAGAAAGGCUCUUGUGCAUAGCCUCGUUCAUACUGAGAGCUGGGCUAUUGACUUGUCUUGGGACAUAAUUGCUCGAUUUGGUAAGCAAGAGGCAAUGCCAAGAGAUUUUUUCACAGAUUUUGUGAAAGUGGCACAAGAUGAAGGUCGGCACUUCACCUUGCUUGCAGAGAGAUUGAAAGAACUUGGAUCUUUUUAUGGAGCAUUGCCUGCUCAUGACGGUCUCUGGGAUUCAGCUGCUGCUACUUCCAACGACCUGUUAGCACGUUUAGCAAUCGAGCAUUGUGUUCACGAGGCCCGAGGGCUGGACGUUGUGCCAACAACGAUAUCACGUUUCCGCAAAGGAGGCGAUGAAAAGACAGCCGAGUUGCUGGAGACGGUGAUCUAUCCAGAAGAGAUAACUCACUGUGCUGCUGGAGUGAAGUGGUUCAAGUUUCUGAUUCUCCGCAAAGGAUCAAAAGAAGACGAUGACUCCAGUGAAUCUGCAUUCGAAGGAGAUGAAGCUGAUGAGCGCGUAGAUACUGAAGUGAUCCCAAAGUUCCAUGAAAUAGUGAGGGCUUUCUUCAGAGGGCCGCUCAAGCCACCGUUCAACGAGGUAGCAAGAAAGGCUGCUGGAUUUGGACCUCAGUGGUACCAACCUCUUGCUGUCAAAGACUAGUUUUUCUCUCUUUUUGACAAACAAUUUUGAUUAAUCUAUGUUUUACUUUCCUAUAAA